CCUUUCUCUAACACUGAAAAACCUCGUCGGAGAACCAGAGGCAUCAGCGGUAGCAACCACCGCAUCGCACUUCACUCACUUCCCAAUUCAAACUCCGUUUCUACGAAACGACACACAAAUUCAACUACAAUGCCUCGAAACGACGAUAUCCGUUUCAUUUCUUCUUCAAUCAAAAUCCCUCUUCCUUCAAAACCAAAACCCCUAAACACUCCUUUCAACACCGCAAUUUCUCACUUCACCAACGCAACUAACUCAUUUUCUCAAUUCGUUAACUCGUUUCGAACUCACUCCACUGAGUUAACUCGUACUGUGUUUCGAAAAUCGCACUCUCUAUGCUCCGCCACGUUAUCCCUAACCGACGAUAAGAAAGCACCGUCGCCUCUUUCUUCGGCGGAGGAAUCUCAGUUGAAAACUCGACAGAAUGAAGAGAGAGUUUUAAUCAGUGAAGUAUUGGUUCGAAAUAAAGACGGUGAAGAACUCGAGAGGAAGGACCUUGAAGCAGAAGCAGCUCAAGCUCUCAAAGCUUGUAGACCUAAUUCGGCGCUAACGGUUCGCGAGGUACAAGAGGAUGUUCAUCGCAUUAUCAAUAGUGGAUACUUUUGUUCUUGCGUUCCGGUUGCAGUUGAUACGCGUGACGGUAUUCGAUUGGUAUUUCAGGUAGAACCAAACCAAGAGUUUCAAGGGUUGGUAUGUGAAGGAGCUAAUGUUAUUCCGGCUAAGUUUUUAGAGAACUCUUUUCGAGGUGGAUAUGGGAAGGUUAUCAAUUUGAAGCGAUUGGAUGAAGCUAUAUCUUCCAUUAAUAAUUGGUAUAUGGAGCGUGGUCUUUUUGCCAUGGUAUCAGCUGUUGAGAUUCUAUCUGGGGGUAUUUUGAGGUUACAAGUUUCAGAGGCCGAGGUCAAUAAUAUUUCCAUUCGGUUUCUUGACAGGAAGACGGGCGAGACUACGGUCGGGAAGACAAAACCUGAAACAAUACUUCGGCAAAUUACAUCCAAGAAGGGGCAGGUCUAUAGCAUGCAUCAGGGAAAAAGAGAUGUAGAAACUGUAUUGACGAUGGGGAUCAUGGAAGAUGUUAGCAUUAUUCCCCAACCAGCAGAUACGGGGAAGGUUGAUUUAGUGAUGAAUGCGGUGGAACGUCCCAGUGGAGGAUUUUCUGCUGGUGGUGGGAUAUCAAGUGGGAUUACAAGUGGUCCACUCAAAGGACUCAUUGGAAGCUUUGCCUAUACUAAUAGGAAUGUUUUUGGGAGAAACCAGAAACUCAAUAUUUCCUUAGAGAGGGGCCAGGUUGACUUAAUCGUUCGUGCAAACUACACUGACCCUUGGAUCCAAGGAGAUGAUAAGCGGACAUCUAGAACAGUAAUGAUUCAGAAUUCAAGAACGCCUGGAACAAUUGUUCAUGGUAACCCGGAUGGUAAUAGUAACCUGACCAUUGGCCGCAUCACAGGUGGCAUAGAGUUGAGUCGACCCAUCAGGCCAAAGUGGAGUGGAACAGCAGGACUGAUUUUCCAGCGUGCCGGGGUUUCUGACAACAAUGGGGUUCUUAUCAUUAGGGAUCGCUACAACAGUCCUCUCACUGCAAGUGGCAAUACCCAUGACGAUACGUUGCUUUCUAAAAUUGAGACUGUUUACACUGGUUCUGGUGAACACGGGUCUUCUAUGUUUGUCCUAAACAUGGAACAGGGACUUCCUCUUUUGCCUGAUUGGUUAUCCUUCACGAGGGUGAAUGCACGGGCUAGGAAGGGUGUUCAGAUUGGUCCCACUCGUCUUAAUUUAAGUGUCUCCGGUGGUCAUGUGGUGGGAAAUUUCUCUCCCUAUGAAGCUUUUGCCAUUGGUGGAACAAAUAGUGUGAGAGGCUAUGAAGAAGGUGGUGUGGGCUCUGGUCGAUCGUAUGUUGUUGGAUCCGGAGAAAUUUCUUUCCCUGUGUGGAAGCCAGUGGAAGGUGUCAUAUUUUCUGACUAUGGAACUGAUCUUGGAUCAGGCCCGACUGUCCCUGGUGACCCUGCUGGAGCAAGGAAUAAGCCUGGAAGCGGAUAUGGGUACGGGUUGGGCAUCCGUGUGGAUUCGCCUUUGGGUCCUUUGCGUCUUGAAUAUGCCUUCAAUGACAAGAAAGAGGGAAGGUUUCACUUUGGAGUUGGCUAUAGAAACUAAACACAUUCUCUCAAGAUAAUUUACAGGAAAUGCAUUGUUAGUGGAGAAUGAAUCUAUAUCAUGUAGGUUAGCCACAAAAAAGAAAAAGGAAUCCAUAUCAUGUAGGAAGUUUUUUACUAGGAUUAUGUGAAGAGGAAGAUCGAGCAUCAAAGAAGGGUUUCUGACUUCUGAGUAAGGCUUCUCAAAAAUUGAGAGGGCCUCACUAUAAUAGUGUCAUGUUUCAACGGAGGUGUUGGCAAAAUUGGUUCAACGGAAAUUCGAAAUCAGUUCAACGGAAAAUGGUAUUCUCCCCCAGUGUCCACUGCAAGCAACUGAUUUUUGUUAUUAUUUUUUCCUUCUACUUUAUUUAUUUGUGUAUUUAUUUCAGUACACAUAAUUUAUUUUAUAAUAUUACUUGUUUCACUUUAAA